UUUGGGGGUUUGGAUUUUAUAAGGUAAAUUAUUGGCUUACAAAAAUGAAUAAUAUGGAAAAAUGUUUUGUGUGAUGAUACAUGUAUGAACCAGAUUGAAUUGCUGGCCAGAUCUGGGAGGAAAGGAGGGGGAGAAACAAUUUAGAUCAUACAUCAGAACACUUAGGUGGAAAUUUGUUAUUACCUGUAAUUGAUAAAAAAAGAAAAAAUACAAAAAUAAAUAAAUAAGAAGCUUGCAAAUGAAUGUGGGAGAAAGGUGAAUAGGGAACUCUGAUACCACACAGGGUGAUAAAGGAUGAGUCCAGACAAAAUCUGAGGAAGAAAAAAAAAACUUUUACUGGGCAGAGGAAGCUGGUGGGGGAAGACUUCAUAGUAGGAAGAAGAGGAGGAGGCAUCUUGGGCUUGGGAGGGACAGACUUUAAUAGACAGAGUUGGGGCUGGAGGAGGAGAGGAGAUUCCAUCCCAGGCACAAGGGAUAGUAAUGAGAAAAAGCAUUUAGGAAAGGGAAGAAAGAGAAGUGAGAUUAAAAGUAAUAAGCUUUGGUUAGAACAAAGAGUACAUAGGAAGAGAUUAGGAUGAGACAAGGCUGGAAAAGUCAGAGGUGUGCUCUGGAGAGCCUUGAAUGUCAGGAUCACUUUGGGGUUCAUUCAGCUGGCAAUGGGAAAUCACUGAAGGGUUUUUAGUAGAGAGGUGAAAAAUACCUCUAAGCAGAUCAUUAAUAAUGUUAUGUAGGUAGCAGAGAGAUGAGUGGGUUGGAUAAAGGAGAGGCAGGAAGUCCUAUCAUCUAGGCAGCUAUUACAGGUUGUCAGUGAGGAUAUUUAUGGGAUGAAAUUGAGUCUCUUUGGCUUGCUUGACUUUCUUUUGUGCCUCCUUUUAGGAAGCUGUGUCUUCUUUCCUUGCUUCUCAUUGGCUUCUGGGGCUGUGUGGCCUCUCACUGGAACCCUGUGGGUGAUAUCUGCACUGCCAAGCCCAGGGACAUUCCAGUGAAUCCCAUGUGCAUUUACCGACACCCAGAGAAGAAGCCAUCAGAAGAUGAGGGCUCAGAGCCCAAGAAAGUCCCAGAGUUGACCAAUCCACGAGUGUGGGAACUAUCUGAGGCCAACUCCCGCUUUGCCACAGAGUUCUACAAGCAGCUGGCAGGUUCCAAAGACAACAAUGACAACAUCUUCAUGUCACCUCUCAGUAUCUCCACGGCUUUCGCCAUGACCAAGCUGGGUGCUUGCAACAAUACACUCAAGCAGCUCAUGGAGGUGUUCAAGUUUGAUACGAUCUCAGAGAAAACAUCAGAUCAGGUCCACUUCUUCUUUGCCAAGCUGAAUUGCCGGCUUUAUCGAAAGGCUAAUAAAUCCUCUGAACUGGUGGCAGCCAAUCGCCUCUUUGGAGAAAAAUCACUCACUUUCAACGAGACCUACCAGGAUAUCAGUGAGGCAGUGUAUGGAGCCAAGCUUCAGCCUCUGGACUUCAAGGAAAACCCAGAGCUGUCAAGAGGGAUCAUUAAUGAUUGGGUUGCAAACAAGACAGAAGGGCUCAUCACUGACGUCCUUCCUCAGAAUGCUAUCACUGACCUUACCGUCUUGGUGCUGGUUAACACUAUUUACUUCAAGGGUCUGUGGAAGUCCCAGUUUAUCCCAGGGAACACCAACAAGGAGCUGUUCUACAAGGCGGAUGGCGAGCAGUGCUCGGUGUCCAUGAUGUACCAGGAGAACAAGUUCCGCUACCGCUCACUGAAGGGGAGCAGCCAGGUGGAGGUGCUUGAACUGCCCUACAAAGGGGACGACAUCACCAUGGUGCUGAUCCUGCCCAGGCCUGAGAAACCUCUGGAGAAGGUAGAAAGGGACCUGACGCUGGACUUGCUCCGGGAGUGGCUGGAGAGCCUGGAGGAGACUUUCCUGUCGGUUCACGUGCCUCGGUUCCGAAUUGAGGACAACUUCAGCGUGAAAGAGAACCUGAUGCAGAUGGGUCUGGAUGAUCUCUUCAGCCCAGAGAAGGCCCACCUGCCAGGGAUCAUCACAGGAAACCAGGGAACGGGAAACCUUUUUGUGUCGGAUGCAUUUCAUAAGGCAUUCCUCGAGGUAAAUGAAGAAGGCAGUGAAGCUGCUGCAAGCACUGCAGUUGUGAUUUCUGGACGCUCACUCAACUUUAACAGGGUGACCUUCAAGGCCAACAGGCCUUUCCUGGUGCUUAUCAGGGAAGUUGCUCUCAAUACUAUCAUUUUCAUGGGCAGAGUAUCCAACCCUUGUGUGAACUAAGGUGCGCCUGCUCUUUUGUACCUCUUUCUACUGUAGUUUGUGGAUGCAAGUAAAUAAAACAUUGACUAUUCCCA